AUGUGGUAAAUUAUAUUAACUAAUGUUUAAAGUUAUGGCACAGUAAUUAACUAUUAACCUUAAAAAUUCUAUGCAAUAUAAAAAUCAAUCAAAUGUUAAGAAUUCCUCUUGUUAAAAUAUCCACUAAAAAAUUAUUAAGGAUAGACUUAAAGAGCUAAACACACAUCAUCAUAAUCAAUGAACUUGACAAUUUAUAUAAAAUAAGUGAAAAUAAAGCAUAUGAUUUAUUCUAAUUAUCCAAAAAUGUAAUCAUUAUAGGAAUUAAUAGUGAGAUUGAUUUUCUUUAAACUUAUUCUGCAAGAUAAAAUUUUAUCUUCUUUAAAUUAAAAAUGUGAUUCUCAAACCCUAAACAAUCUAAUACUAAAAAACGAAAAUAUUGUAAAAUAAAACCUUUAUCUAGAAAAUACGAUCAAAAUGCUACAAAUUACAAAACAUAAGAGCCUAUAAUGAAAAAGGAAGAGACAUGAAUAAUAUCACAGACAUUGUUAAAGAAUCUUUAGAUACAAUAAAGAAAUACAUGGAUUGA